AUGUCGCUUACUUCGAGCGAGGGCAAACAUUGGUCGAACAAUGACGAGCCCGGCCCUCCCAGCAUUCAUCGCUUCGCCCUAGACUCGAGGGCGAGACAUACUCGGCGCAGUUCAACUCGUGCCCGCACUGGCUGCCUCACUUGUAUAAAACGACAUGUCAAGUGCGACGAAACUCGACCGGCGUGCCUCAACUGCAUGAAGUGGCGCGGCUACUGCGACUCCUACUCGGACAACCCCUCUUCCGCCUCCUCUUCACAACAUCAAUCUCGUGCCCCGCCGUCCAAGGGCAAACUCAUACACUCCAAAAAGGCACCUCUGCUCAUCAUCGAACCGCUUGUCAACACCAUCCGCUUCGCCAACAAUGACCAGCGAGACUAUUUCGUUGAAUGGUCACAGCUUUCAGUCACCUUUCUAGGGGGCUUCAUCGACCAGACUCGUCUUUGGACAGCCACGAUGCCCCAGGUCACGCUAGAAGAAAACACGCUGCGAUACGGGGCAAUGGCCGUGGGAGCUCUACGAAAGGCGUACCAAGUCCACGGGUCGGAAUCGGGACUCGACAGCAGUAAUCGACACUAUCUGAACGCCGUCGUCUACUAUUGCGAAGCCCUCCGUAUGCAAUCGGAGAUGAAGCCUACGAGAGAGGGCAUGAGAACUGCUCUGCUUUCUUCCCUGCUAUUCAUCUGCUUCGAAACCCAAAGAGGAAACGUACCGGCCGCUCUUAAGCACAUAACUCACGGCUUCUCCAUGCUCAACGAACUCGCCAACUGCACCGACAAAGCUCCAGAUCUUGUCAGCAUUGCUCCCGCGCCGCCAGCCAUGGUGCAGGACAUUUUAGACUGCUACAAGCCCCUGGAGCUGCAGUCGCGGUCCUUCAUGGGGUCAUAUAGAAAGGCCUUCUUCCCACCGCAACCUCCCCAGCCUACAGCCAAUUACUCAUCCACAAGACAUCCCUCUGCAACGGCAGCCCCGAGUCCACCGAGCCAGCCCGAAACGCCCCCCAUGCUGUCGCCUGAGAGCCCUCAGGUGCAAAUAACCGGCCUGCCGAGCCCCCAGAGCCAGAGUGACCCGUGGUCACCUCGAGCCCCUCCUCCUAGUCCUCGACGACCGCCAGGGAUAAUCCCUUUUACGAAACAUUCCCCAUACUUUCGACCGAAGCUCACCAGGAUUUCCUCACUAGACGAUAUGCCACGCCACUUCACCUCGUGGGAUGAAAUGCGAGACUAUUGGGGACUGGUGCAGCGACAGAUGGUCCGCCACGUUCCGAUGCUGACCAGGGUGACGGCAGAUCUUGCACUUCACAAGACGACCGACCCAGCUGAGUUGGACCGGAAAUUCGCAAGCCUCAAAUCGAACGCAACCUUGUCUAAAUUCAUCGCCGAGUCUCGGUACUGGCUGCAGCGCUGGACCGAGGCGUACGAGCCCAUGUAUCAAGCCGUCCUCCGCGACGCCCAAACCGACCGAGCCCAGUAUCUACAGGCCAUGAGCAUCCGAAUCGAAUAUCUCAUCCUCUACAUCUAUACCACCGUCCCACGAUACUCCAGCCUCAUCACCGUCAAGGGUCUCACGCCACAAUAUCGCGAAAUCAACAGUCUUGCAGAGAUGCUGCUCAAGUCCCGGCCCAACUGCGGCUUUGCCAUGGACGCAGGAUGGACUUGGCCGCUAUUUGUCGUCUCCUUUGGCUGUCGAGACCGGGCCGUUAGAGAAGAUGCAAUUCGAAUCCUGGGCCAGUAUCCUAUCCGCAACGCCCUGAGAGACAGCAGGAUCUUCAGAGCCAUUGCCAUUAAGAACAACGAUACGGAGAUCACAAACGCCAUGGAAGGAGAUGAGAACGAGCAGUGGAUGCGCCUCAGGCGGCGCGAGCUCGUCUUUGAAGACUUUGGUACCAGCAUCAUAUUCCGUUUUGUGCAGAAGAACCCGGCAACUGGAAACUGGGAACUGGUGGAGGAGGCGUCGGACUGGAGCGUUAGACCCGAUGGUCGGCUGAACUGGAGGAGACAACCAAUUUCUGAAUCAGAGUCGAUUCUUUCCGGUGUAUGCUAA